CAACCAGGUGCGACCAAGAUGCUUGAUGCAGGGAACUACGAUGGAGGAUAAUUCGGAGAUUCCGGGUCUUGCUUUGGAGCUGUCAGAUCUUGAAGUUGCUCUCUUUCUAUGUCUUGCGGCCCACGAACACUGCCGUAUUGACACCACCGACGCCAACAUCCAUGACGUCGCAAAGGAGCUCGCCCUGAUAUGCACCAACACAUUCGGGCUCUCCUACAGUAUCUUGGAUUGCUCCAGCGCGACGUCCUUUGACGAUUUUUGCGCCGAAUUACUCCCUCCCGAAACACUCAGGAGCAGCAAUGUUCGUCCAUCACGUUCCCGGAUGACCACCGAAUCGUCUGGCACGAUAUCCUCACUCCAAGAUCUCAAAGGUCGCUUCAGAUCGUAUACCUCUGAGCAUAAACAGGAGGUCGUCAAUGUCGUGAUCGCCAAGAACUUUAACCAUGCGAACGACAACAUCCAGCGUGAAGCUCUCGAGUUGAUGCACUCGAAGCAACUCACUACGCAAACUGGCGUCUUAGAAGCACCAGCCACUUUCAUCUUCCUGCCUCUGAUCGUGCGCGACACAGAGCAGGACCAACCACUAGACCCUCAUUUAAACGAUUACAUUUUCAUAUCACACUUUCACGACACCACCGACGGCUACGUCUAUCUGGAAGACACCAACGACUGGCUUUCCGACGGCCAAAUGUCCGCCUCUUCCGUCAUCCACAAACCAGAGGCUCAGACUAAGAAGAGCCAUCCGAAUAUAGACCGCGAGCUUCUCGACAAACUUCACCAAUUAAGCAAGAACGUGCGUGUCGGCGCCGACAUAACCCGGUACCAACAAGACAUUGUCGUCUUCCUUCGACUCAGUCGCGCCGUGUCGGGGGGUAUCUCUACACGGUCGAAUAAACAUUUCAAGUUGUUUUCCACACUCCUCGCCGUAUUACACGGAAUCGACUAUCUCACACCAUCGAUUGUAGCCCUCGCGGCAAAGAAAGUCUUCCGACACCGGAUCAUCGUAGCGAAACCUGAAGAGGAUCGAAGCUUACAGUACGGAAGUGAUCUGGCAGCCGUAUCCCAGGUCCUGGAGUACGCGAAUCCGGAUUCCAUCUUGGACGGCGUACUUACACUGGAAGCGCCUCUGUGAUCAUUUUACUCCUCUUUUGCGAACUCCUGUACAAGCA